GCGCGCGACUCGCUCGGGGCCGGGAUGGCGGCGGUGGUGGCGGCGACGACUGGAACCGGGACGCCCCGGGAAGAGGAGGGGUCUGGUGGGGAGGCAGCGACCCCGCAGCCCCAAGCCCCGACUAAUGCGCCCGGGGCUCGUCUCUCGAGGCUGCCUCUAGCGCGAGUGAAGGCCUUAGUGAAGGCGGACCCCGACGUGACGCUCGCGGGACAGGAAGCCAUCUUCAUUCUGGCGCGAGCCGCGGAACUGUUCGUAGAGACCAUUGCCAAAGAUGCCUACUGCUGUGCUCAACAAGGAAAGAGGAAAACGCUCCAGAGGAGAGAUUUGGAUAAUGCAAUAGAAGCUGUGGAUGAAUUUGCUUUUCUGGAAGGUACUUUGGAUUGAUUUCCGAGCUGGGCAGUUCUGUGACUCUUCACCUGCGUCCUUCCGUUAGUCCCUGUCCUGCAGGCCUCAGCUUUGAAGACAGUCUGGAUUCUUUUCUUUACACACUUUCCUGUUGUACCUUCAUCUAGCUGGGAUAAGCACAGCUCUCAUUUGUUAGCUUUUUUCUACAAGGUCUUCCACUACUUGUGUCUUCCAUUUCAAGCCUGGUUGCAAGCUGCUGCUGCUUGGGGCAGAGAUAAAAAAAUGUUUUGUGUAGGUUGAUGAUAAUAAAUGAUGAUGAGGAGGACCAGAAUAAAGGUCUGUGAUCAACUGCAGCCUAGUGUGUUUUAUAACUUUGCCUUUGUCUUUGCUUGUAUGACUGGAGAGUUACCAGACCUAGUCACAGGCCUUCCUGAGUUUUCCUGUCAGCCAUUCCAAACCUCAGUCUUCUCAUUUAUUUGAUUUUUAUUUUCCCAGCAUGUUAUCAGAAUGUGGCUCCAGAAUUUAUUGGAUACCACUUAUGGUCUUAAGUUUAAGUAAAUUGUGAUAAUAAAUUUAGAACUAACUAAAUAUUUUAGCAACUUUAUUGCAAUAUUAUUUACAUGCCUUACAAUUUUUCCAUUUUAAAGUGAGUGCAUUUCAAUAGUUUUUAGUAAAUAUACUAAUAUUGCAGCUAUCAAUUUUAGAACAUUUCAUAUGAUUGGAAUCAUAAUACAUGGUGUUUUGUGUCUGGCUUCUGUCAUGCAGGUAAUGUUUUCAAGUUUUAUGUUACAGCAUGUGUUAGUACCCUUUAUUUUUAGAUUGUGAUAAAAUAUAUAUAACAAAAAUUGCUGUUUUAACUAUUUUUAAGUGGAUUGUUGUACUUUUGCAAUGUUGUACAAUCAUCACCAUCAUUCAUCUCCAGAACAGUUUUCAUUUCACCAUACUGGAAUUUUGUACUAUUAAACAACAACUCCUCAUUGUU